AUGCCUCUUCCAAAGCGCCAAACGAUCCCCGUGAAGGGUGCUGCCUCUACAGCUGCAGCCAGCGACGAUCGAUUCGCGAAUUUCCAAAACGACCCAAAGUUUCGACUGCCGUCCAAGAAGCAUGCAAAGACCAAGCUUGACCCUCGUUUUGCGCGAGUCCGAAGUGAUCCCGACUUCUACAACAAAGCGACGGUAGAUAAAUAUGGGCGCAAGAUCUCGAAAGAAGAAGGAAAGAAGGCUAUAGACCGGUUAUACGAGGUAGAGAGCGCAGAUGAGGACGAGGAUGAUGAAGAGGAAGAGCUACAGCCGUCUAACAGCAAACGCGACAAAGCUGUUGCCAAAGAAUUGGCAAGGGUGCAAAAGCAAGGAUUCGACCCUAUACGUGACGGUGGGCUAGAGUCGUCAUCGGACGAGAGUUCCGAUGGCGAAGAAGAGGACGAAAUCGAGGACGAGACAGAGCUGGCUGGCGACGACAACGCGGUGCCGACUGGUGAUAUUUCAUCCCGCUUGGCAGCUGUGAAUAUGGACUGGGACAACAUGAGAGCGAUUGACAUUAUGGGCGUAGCGAAUUCGUUCGUACCACCGGGCGGUCGCAUACUGAAUGUCGUCAUCUACCCCAGCGAAUUUGGCAUGGAGAGACUGCAGCGCGAAGAGAUCGAGGGCCCGCCACGCGAGAUCUUUGCAUCGUCGAGCAAGAGCAAGGACGACCUCAUCGCAUUGGAGGAGGAGGAGGAACAUUCUGAUUCUGAAAACGAAGAGGAAUCUAAGAUCGAGCUGGGGAAAGAGGAGACUGGCGAGGAGUUUGACUCGACAGCAUUACGCAGCUACCAGCUAGAUCGUCUGCGAUACUACUACGCGGUCAUCACAUGCUCUUCUGCGAAUGUGGCCAAGUCGAUAUACGACAACCUCGAUGGACGAGAAUAUUUGACGAGUGCAAACUUCUUCGAUCUCCGAUUUGUGCCAGACGGUACCACCUUCGACCAAGACCCCCAUGACGAAUGCGACAAAUUACCUGACGGUUAUAAGCCGAACGAAUUCAGCACAGACGCGCUCACACACUCCAAGGUCAAAUUGACCUGGGACGCCGAUGACACCACGCGGAAAGAAGUGCAGAAGCGAGCCUUUUCUCGGAAGGACAUCGAUGAGAAUGAGCUGAAAGCAUACCUUGGAUCGGACUCAUCAUCGUCAGAAGAUGAGGAGGAGAUCGCAAAAGCGGACAAGGCAAGCAAAUUGCGUGCUGCGCUAGGUCUGGAGGCUCCAGGCAAAUCGUCUAAGCCAAAGCAAAAGGCUUCGGCUAAGCGGGAUCGCGACUUCCCCAAGCCUGAUGGAGAGAUGGAAAUCACUUUCACGGGUGGCUUGUUGAACAACGAGAGCAAGGGCUCAGUGUUCGAGAAUGAAAUCCCCAUCCACGAAACGACCAUGGAGAAGUAUGUACGUAAAGAAAAGGAGAGGAAGGCUAGGCGAAAGGAGCGAGCGAAGGCCAGGAGGGAAGGUCGUGACCCCGAUGCCGAAGGCGAGGAGCCUGCCGAUGCAGAAACCAAUGGUGACGAAGAAGACCCCUUCAACGACCCCUUCUUCGCGUCUGACCCAGAAGAGAUGGAGCGCGCCGAGAAGGCCGAGAAAGCUGAAUCGAAGAAGUCAAAGAAGGCAAAGAAGCGGGAAGAAGAAGAGCAGGAGGCCGAAGCAACUGCUGCUGAACGCGCUAAUCUUGAGCUGCUCAUGGCUGACAAUGAUGACGCCAAGCUGCGUCACUUCGACAUGAAGGAGAUUGCCAAAGCCGAAAAGGCCAAGAAAAAGGGCAAGAAGGCGAAGAAGAACGUACCAGUGGUCGAGGACAACUUCAAGAUUAACACCACCGACCCACGUUUCGCGAAGCUUUACGAGAGCCACGAAUUUGCUAUUGAUCCUACGAAUCCAAGAUUCAAGGAGACACAGGGCAUGAAGGCCCUGCUCGAGGAGGGACGCAAGAAGCGAAAGCAGGUUAGAGCGGAUGACGAGCAGGAGCAUGAGCCAGAGACCAAGAAGUCGAAGAAAGACUUAGGUGGUGCUGGCGACGAUGAUGUAAAGAAACUGGCAGCUCGUAUCAAGGCGAAGAGCAAUAUUGCACUGUAUAACGGGACUUGUGCCGAUGGCGCGGACCCGGACAUUGCGGGUCUAGGUGUCGUCCUCUCCUUUGUCCUCGCAAGUGUCAUGACCACUGUAGCGUCGGUCCUCGCCAUGAUCCUCGAUCAAGCUUUUGACUCCAAGGGCCAGUUCACACCCCAAGCGCCGAUCAGGUACUUCCGAGAGCGGUUCUUGGACACGGAGUGGAAGAGGGAUUACGCUUGGAGGCCCUUCUUAGAUCCUUUAAUCAUCGGCUUGGGAGAUCAGCAACUCAUCACUGGCUAUGCGGUGCUGCUCAGUGGUUGGAUCAAGGUCGCACAGAAUGCCAUUGAAGUACAGGGCGCUCACUUUGUCUUAAUCCUCUACAUCUGCGCGCUCUCUUCAUCGUCGCACCUUGCAGCGCUCAUCACUCUUCGCAAGUAUUUCCGCAGAUACAAGCUCAUCGCCAGAAUCCGUCUCACCCUUGUCAUCUUAUUUGCCAUAUUUCUGCUAUCGUCCAUGACUGCCGCAAUCGCCAUGCCACCAACAAUUGUCGACCACGGCGACGGUACGCGAAAGAAACGCAGCCGAGCACAGAGGCUCUCGUUCAUUGUUCCUCUCUUCCUCAUCCUUGAUCCGAAGCGCAAAGGAAUAUCGGCCCGCGCAUCCAAUGCAUCUCUUGUACGCCGUGUUACGGACCCGAAGCAAAGCAUCCUGCCACCACUCGACUUCAAAGCCCCAGCACAUAUUGGCGUUCACAUUCUCUACUACCUCUUCCUGAACCCACUCAUCGCUUUCGGUGUCCAAAUACUUCUUGCCAUUCUGUCCGCUAUAUUGGUCCUCUCACAGAAGUUCGCAACACCGAAUGACCCAAAAAGAUUUUGUGGACUUCAGGACGAAGGUGAAAAUAUAUGGGGAUUCGGGCAGACGCUGAGUGUUGUGAUGCUCCUACUGCCAGCAAUGAGCGCGGGUCAGACGUAUCUCGAGGGCCGGCAGGAUAUCAGGCAAGGGUUCACGAAGUCGAAGGAUCGUGACUGA